CUUCAGAAACGCAGCCAUUUUACUAGGACGAGUCUAAAUACCACACUACACUUUCAUUAUACGAAUGAUGACAAUGGGGACGCAAAUAGGAUAAUAAAUAGGAAAACUAGUGAUGAGAGAAUAAAAAAGUAUUUACUUCAGUACCGUAAUAUGUGUUAUCCCUCCAGAUGUUCCACCUGACAAUUUCAACGCCAGCUGUCGCACAGCUGCCGAACUAUCGGUGACGCCAAUUGGUUUUCCAGCCCGAGCUGCAUCACAAUUUUCUCCUAAGACAACUCAUACCCACGAAUUGAAAACAGAAAUUUACAACCAGCUAUGUCAUUCGAAAAUGCUAAGGUUCUGUCUACAGAACUGCUCGCCAAUCGCGAUGCUGUGUGGACCAAAAUGGUGAAGCUGACUUAUACUGAUCCGAAGAAUCAGAAGCGAACAUGGGAAUCGGCUGAGCGAACAACAAGGCCUAAAAACAGCGAUAUUGAUGGUGUAGGAAUUGUAGCCAUCCUCGAGAAGCCAACAGGCCCCGAGAUUAUCCUCCAAAAACAGUAUCGAGCACCGAUCGAUAGAAUUACGAUCGAAGUUCCAGCGGGCCUUAUCGACGAGGGUGAAACAGUCGAAGAAGCAGCCAUCCGGGAAUUGAAGGAAGAGACAGGUUAUGUGGCCAAGGCCGCUAUAACUUCGCCGAUGAUGUUUAACGACCCGGGAUUCUGUAACACCAACUUGCGAAUGGUUCAUGUUACUGUUGAUAUGAGCUUGCCUGAAAACCAGAAUCUCCAACCCGAAUUAGAAGAAGACGAGUUCAUUGAGGUUUUCCUUGUUCCGCUCACAAACCUCUAUGACGAAUGCAAGAGGCUCGAAUCAGAGGGUUGCGCAAUCGACGCUCGGGUAGGCACGUUCGCCGAAGGCAUCGAAUGUGCCAAGCGAUUCAAGCUAUAAGUUUCGCAACUACCGGGUCUCUAGAUUCAUCGCGACCCAUGCGCUCUUACGGCCUCAGAUGGAUUGGUGGCCAUUCCCGGCACCCCUUCCAUUGUAUACCCCACAUAGACUUCCAAAUACCCCGUCUCAUAGAUUGCGCUUAAUAGGGGACAUUCUACAAGAGUAAUGAUAGAAAAUUUCUCAUUCUACAAUAAAUAGAAUAAUUAAUUGAAAUCAAUCGACAACAAA